UUGGUCCUCCUCCUGGCCAUGUCUGCUCCCUCCCAGGCCUGGUCUCGGCCCCUGUGGUACCAGGUGGGGCUGGACUUGCAGCCCUGGGGGUGCCAGCCAAGCAGCCUGGACGGCUGCGGGGUCAGCCUGGGCUGUCCCGGCCAAUGGCUGGGCCUGGGGAUGAACCCCAUCUACUCGGUGACGGGGGUCAUGCUCACCAGCGCCAUGAUGCUGAUGGUGGGCCGCAAGGUGCUGCAGCGCCCCCAGGGGCCCCAUGGCCACUCCCGCCCACAGACCCUCCGUCACCCAGCUCCCCCCUCACCAGCCCAUCGCCCCAGCCCCACCCCCAGGGGGGCCCUUCGUCGCGCCCCUGUCCACCCCUCUGCUCUCACUCUGCCUCUUGGUCCUACUCAGCUCCUGCAGGUGCCCGCUCACACCCCUGGACUCAGUAAGCGGCGGACCCCCAUCUCCGACCACGCCCUGCUGGUCACGGUCCUGCACAUGUUGGACGCCCUCCUGGCCCAGAUCCAGAGCCACCUGCAGCAUCUGGCCGCGCAGCAGCCCCGGCAAAUAAAGGGCACUCCCACCCCGUGUGGGUGACCAACACGCCUCCGCUGGCGGGCACUGGGGGGAGGCCCGAGGCGCUGGGCCCGGCUGGGACUGUGUGUCUCCCUGGGUCCCUCCUACGUGUCGAACCAGCAGCUGACUCACUGCUCCACUGCCCCCCCCACUGCCCCCGCCUCCCUAAGGGUGUCACCCAGAA